AUGAUGUUACUGGGGUAUCAAGCUAAGGCUGGGUCUUCGAUCCGAAAGAGUUUUGGUGGAGAAUUCGGUUCGAGGUGCAUAAUCCCAAAUUCAACUACUCACAUUAAUAAUAACAACACGAAAAAAGUCAAUUCCAACGGCAAUAACGUUUCUAACAUUCCAAAAACGACAACUUCCGCACCACUUCCUUCAGCUCCACUCUUCAAGUACAAAGUCUCUGUAAAGUACACCUACUCUAUAGAAUUUGGACAAGAAGCAACUAUUGAGUUCUCCGAUUCAAAAUCAAAAGGAACUCUACUAGAACAGGCUAAGAAACGAUGCGCUCAUCUCUACCGAAAUAUUAUGCACCGAUUUGGUCAAGAAGGAAAGUUCGUAUAUAAUUGUCAGUCAACUCUCUACAGCUUCAAUGAAAUCUUGGAAGAGGUAUUUUUUAAUUGCUCAUUCACUAUCUCUGAAGGGAUCUCCCGACGUCCGAACUUUGUCAGAGCUCAAUUUUCCCUCGAAAGACAAAAUGAUCCAGUUGGCAUUUCCAGAGACACAUUCUCAAAAGAAAAACUUCAUUCGAUUUCCGCGAAACAUUUCCGAUCCGGAAAAUGCAGACACUACCUGAUUGAUUCUCCAUUUGCACCUUUUUAG